AGAGAGAGCCAGAGAGAGAGCGAGAGAGAGCGAGACAGGGAGCGCGUUACUGGAUAACAAUCCCUCUCUGCUGGCAGGAGGCGAAGCGACGCUCGGUGGCGGCACUGGCCAGGAAUUUACUCCCGCUCCGAGAUCACAAGGAGGUAAACAGCCAUGCGUUCCCGUAGCAACAGCAUGGAGAACACAGCCGAGACCAAGCCGGCGCAGUGCAGGGUGCACUCGCGGCGACAGAGUUCAGGGUAUGAGGAUCCCACGCGGGGGGGUAGUGGGCGAGUGCGGCGUGAGGACACGGGCACCGUCCUGAGAAACCGCCGGGGAGAAGGGCGUGGUCGUAACAGGACAGGGGGCGGGUCCACAGGGAAGGGCAGGGACCUGUCCCGGGACGACCUCCUGUUUCUGCUCAGCAUGCUCGAGGGCGAACUGCAGGCCAGGGACGAGGUGAUCACAGUGCUGAAGGCAGAGAAGAUCGACCUGGCACUCCUGGAGGCCCAGUAUGGCUUUGUCACCCCACAGAAGGUGCUGCAGGCCCUUCAGAGGGACGCCAUCCAGAGCAAAGGGAGCAAGUGGCAGGAGGAUAUCUAUGAGAAGCCCAUGGCAGAGCUGGACAAGCUUGUGGAGAAGCAGCGGGAGACGCACCGGCGCAUGCUGGAGCAGCUGCUGCUGGUGGAGCAGUCCCACAAGCGGGCCCUGCGUGAGCUGGAGGAUGAGAAGAGGAAUCACAGCGAGUUCAUGCAGAAGAGUGACGAGUUCACCAACCUGCUGGAGCAGGACCGCGAGAGAUUGAAAUUGCUGAUUGACCAGGAGAAGGCAUACCAGGAAAGGAGAGAGAAGGAGCACAACAAAGCCGUCAGCAGGCUGAAGGAAGAGCUGGCCAAACUGAAGUCCUUCACACUGCUGGUGGUGGACGAGCAGGAGCGCCUGACGGAGCAGCUGGCCCAGCAGAGUGAGAAGGUCCAGGACCUUACUGCCAGUACUACUCAAGCCCAGGAAAAGCUGAGCUCCACCCAAGCCAGAUUGCAAGAAGAGGAGCACAAAGUCUUCCGGCUGGAGGCAGAGCUACGUGACCAAGCCUGUCGCUUCCACCAGGAGCAGGAGGCCAUGACCGCCAAACUGACCAAUGAGGAUGCUCAGAACAGGCAGCUCAGGCAGAAGCUAGCUGCUCUCAGUCGGCAGCUGGACGAGCUGGAAGAGACUAACAAGACCCUGCGGCGGGCUGAGGAGGAGCUACAGGAGCUCCGGGACAAGAUCAACCGUGGCGAGUGUGGCAACUCCAGCCUGAUGUCGGAGGUCGAGGAGCUAAGGAAGAGGUUGCUGGAGAUGGAGGGGAAAGACGAGGAGCUGAUCAAGAUGGAAGAUCAGUGUCGGGACCUCAACAAGAAGCUGGAGAAGGAGUCCAUCCAGGGCCGCAGCCUGAAAGCAGAGGUGGACAAGCUGAACCACAGGAUCAUGGAGAUGGAAAAGCUGGAGGAUGCGUUUGGCAAGAGCAAGCAGGAGUGCUCCUUACUCAAAUGCAACCUGGAGAAGGAGCGGAAUGUGACCAAACACCUGUCCAAUGAGCUAGACUCCCUGAAGAGUAGGAUCAGGGAGUUGGAGACCAUGGAGAGCCAGUUGGAGAACACAGAGCUCUCGUUGAAGGAGGAGCUCACUAAGCUGAAGACGCUGACAGUCAUGCUGGUGGAUGAGAGGAAGACUAUGGCGGAGAAUCUCAAGUUCCUGGAGGACAAGCUCCAGAAUAGCACUGGCAAACUGCAGGCUGAACAGGACAAGGUGACAAAUGUGACCGAGAAGCUCAUUGAGGAGAGUAAGAAGGCCCUGAAGUCCAAGGCUGAGCUUGAGGAGAAAAUGUGCAUCGCCACCAGGGAAAGGGAGGAGCUCAGGGCCAAGCUGAAGGCAGAGGAGGAGAGGAGCAAUGACCUGCAGUCCAAAGUCACCAUGAUGAAGAAGAGGCUACAGUCCCUGGAGGCUGUGGAGAGGGAAUUCCUCAGGAACAAAGCCAAAGAGGAGCACAUCAAGCUUCCGGCAGUGAACCGUUUCCACCAAGAGGACAACAAAGUCAAAGACCUGACACAAGAGGUGGAACGGCUGAGGCGAAAACUCAAGGAGAUGAAGGUGGUCGAGGAUGACCUGCUGAAGACAGAGGACGAGUUUGAGUCCCUGGAGAAGAGAUACUCUAAUGAGCAAAAACGAGCAAAAGCCCUGAUGGAGGAGCUAGAGGUUUCCAGGAAGGAGCUCUCCAAGUACCAACUGGCAGAGAAGGAGGAAUCAAACCAGGAGCACAUCCUUUAUAAGCGUCUGAAAGAGGAAGAGGCCAAGUCAAGCCACUUAACUCGAGAGGUGGAGGCUCUGAAGGAAAAGAUCCAUGAAUACAUGAGCACUGAGGACUCCCUGUGUCGCAUGAAAACAGACUAUGCAACGCUGCAGAGGAAACUAACUCAACAGGAGGUGAGGAACAAAGAACUAGCCCGGGAGAUGGAGAACCUCACCAAGGAGCUGGAAAGGUACCGCCGCUUCAGCAAAAGCCUUCGGCCGGGCAUGAAUGGGAGGCGCUUCUCAGACUUGCACAUGUCCUCAAAGGAGGUUCAGACAGACACAACAGACAUCCAGCCCCCCGAUUACAAGAGCCUGGCUCCCCUGGAGAGAGCGGUGUUGAACGGAAAGCUGUACGAGGAGAGCGACCCGGAAGAUGACCCCAAUUAUAAUGAUGACCCCGCUGUCACAAAGUGCAGCCCAUCCCUCCUCAACAACAUGCACAAUCUGAACAACAACAUUAGGAGGUCCAGGGUACCCUUCCCAAAAGGCAAGGAGAGCUACUAUCCGAUCAAUGGUAAGGUUGUGCCCAGGCAGAAUGGGAACCAAGGGGACGUAAUCCUGACACACACCCCAGGGCAGCCCUUGCACAUCAAGGUGACCCCCGACCAUGGGCACAACACAGCCACCCUUGAGAUCACCAGCCCCACCACAGAAAACGCACACUCCUACACCAGCACGGCAGUUAUCCCCACGAGCGGUAGUGCACCCCCCAAGCAGCGGAUCACCAUCAUCCAGAAUGCCUCCAUCUCUCCACCCACUAAGGCCAAAAGCUCAACCUCUUCUGAGGGGCCCUGCACCCCAGACAGGACUGUGUCACCCCUCACCAUGGCCUCCUACUCCCGGGCGAUGACUCCGGAAUCCUCUGGGUCCGUCACUCCAGACCGGGCUAUGUCGCCCAUGCAGAUUGUGUCAGUGACCACCGGGGCCCCAGAGAGGUCCCUGUCCACAGAGCCUGUGGAGGUGGUGGGGGGGCAUGCUGUAUUCCGGGUGACACCGGAGAGGCAGAGCAGCUGGCACCUGCAGAGAUCCAACAGCUCCGGCCCGAGUGUCAUCACCACCGAGGACAAUAAAAUCCACAUCCACUUAGGGAACCCUUACAUUCAGGCCAUAAACAACACGCCCCGAUCUUUGAGUUCAUGCCACACCCCUGGCCAGGAACACAGAACUCAAGUAUUAACCAAUGGUACCCCCACUAAAGGAGGCAACAAAAUCACCAGUAGCAUCACCAUAAAGCCCACCACGUCCCCCAUCCCAAGGCCUUCACAAAUUAAAAUCCCUCUCGAAGCAUUCCGGCGCCCUGGCCCGACGAGGAUCCCCAAACCCAAAGGCUGCGGCGCCCCCAAACUAAUGAACAACCCGCCAGCUUUCGGGCAGUGCAAAGGGCAGCCCCACACCCCGCUACAGUCUGGGAAGGACCCGGGCGCACGGUGCACUCCUGGCAACCUCAAUGUAGUGAACCGCCCGUCCAAAAUCUGAUACCUGUGCAUUUGAGUUUUCACUGUGUUUGUUUGCCAUCCGCUGCUAGGGGCGGAGACUGGAGACUUUUAGCAAAUGACCUUUCUACCAGCAACACACACACACCACUAAUACAAAAUGUGUUUUUCCACUGUUGGAUGUGUCUGUGUAUAGUAUCAAAUAUACAAUCAACUGAGGAAUGAGGAAGCUAACUGC